AUGUCACACUCCUAUUCCUUCCGUCAUGGUAAGAGCCAAUCGAUGUCAUCUUCAUCAUCCGGGGGUCAUCAGCGAGUUACGUACGGCAGCCGAUCGACGAGCACCGGAACGCCACCGCCAACGCCAACCAUUCGAGUCACAUCGCCCGUCCCGGAUGUCGUCGGAAUGAUUGAUAUUUGGGAUCCGGAGGUUGUGGAAGAUGAGCCACCGUCAGCUAGUCCCAAGACGUACAGCUUCCGCUAUAAGGAGGAGAAAAAACAUAAACAGCGCAAACAUCACGUGGAAAACAAAACGAAUUUCACUGAUUCCGGCAUGCAAGCUGAUCCUAUCGAAUUAGAGGCUUCUUCCGGCCAUCCAGAGUUAACGACGUUACCCGCCGAAGGGACAGGCACUUACGUAAUCCAAUUGAGCGAUGCGAGUCCGGUUGAAGACGAUGGAUUGAAGACGGCCGGUGAGUCGGAGGAAUCGUCCGACUGCGACGAAAUGAGUCAAAUCAGUGCCGUCACUCAAAUUCCGCGCAGUGAGACCCAACGAACCCCGGAAGCUGUCGACGAAGUGGAAACAGCUGAGGAUCCAUUCAUCACGGCCAACCAAAUAAAUAAUCAACCCACUCCCGAGGAAGCCGCUCCCGCUGUUGAACCAGCACCGUCGAAUUCUCAUCACAUCUGGGAUGAAAUGCAAUCGCCAACCGAUGCUGAUAAACCCAUCAAACGAGUGCAGUUCAGCCGCUCUUUGAGUUUAGUUCCAGGAUCGAGUGCAGCCCAUCAAACAGCUUCGGUUGAAUCGGAUCAACGAGCAGUUCGUAGCGGCUCGGGAAGACGUUACUCGAGCAUGGAUUCGGGAGCUCACAGCGACACGUUUCCAUCGAUGUUGACCUUUGUUGAACAUCAUCAACAGUUCGCCGUUUCUAAGCGCAAAAUGCUGAGCCCAACUCCCGAGUCAGCUCUAGAAAACGCCCAGUCACCACAACAGGAAGGAGAGCCAAUCGCCGCAACGAAUGUCGAGGAAGAGUUAUUGUCAAAAGACUGCCAACAGCAAUCAGGCGAUACAAUGGCUGCGUUAUCAGUGACGGUCGAAGAUGUAGGUGAAGGAACGGAUCACGAUCCGACUUGCGAUCUCUUCGACCGACUCAACGCCCUGAAAAAUGAUGAAGAGCUCAUGGAUUUGGCUACGGGUUUUGUACUCCAACUGCUCCGUUCAGCCCAAGAUGAAGCCCUCAGACGCGGUCACGUACCCAGCAAGAUAGAACAGAAGGCCAAAUUGAGUCUUGAAUUGCAACAUGUUGCCGUUCCGAAGGGCCGAAACAACCGAAAGUGGUACAGCCGACUUCGAACGCUUUUGUUGAGAACAUUGACGUGCACUUGCGUCCCGACUCAUCCCAACAUCCAAUCGCCGUUGUCGAACUAAAAUGAAUUGUGUGCAGCAAAGGAUUGCACCGCUUCUUCAACUGAUGCCCAUCUCUGGGUGAUGGCUCGCUCACAGCCGCGUCCAAGUCUAUAAAGAUAUGUCACCCCUUAAAAUGUAUCUAUCUAGAUCGGAUUACCAAAUCGAAAUUAAAUAUAUAGAUUAAAUCCCUUACCCUGAUUUCUAAGAUCUCCGUUAUCCCUUCUUUAUCCCCUGUCCACCUUCUAUAUCGUGGAACCGAGAAUUGAUGUCUGCAUAUCGUGUCAUAAUUACACGUUGAUGUUGUUAAGAAAAGAACAUGAAAAAAAAACUACAAAAACGAAACA